AUGGACUUUUCCCUAGUUGAUACUCUCUACAAGAGUCUCAGCCCGUCCAAGGGUAAAACACGGUCCUUCCCCACCCUCCUGCUUUACGACACCAAAGGACUCAAAUUAUUUGAGAAGAUAACUUUCUUGGACGAAUAUUAUCUCACCAACACUGAGAUUGAUGUCUUAACAAAGCAUGCAAUGAGAAUUGUGGAACGAAUCCCAGACAACGCACAGCUGGUUGAGCUUGGUAGUGGUAACCUAAGAAAGAUCGAAAUCAUCCUGCGAGAAUGCGAACGAACACAGAAAAGAGUGGACUACUAUGCUUUGGAUCUAUCCCUACUUGAGUUACAGAGAACAUUUUCAGAGAUCUCGCCAGAGAGUUUCACAUAUGUUGAUUUCCAUGGACUCCAUGGUACCUAUGAUGAUGCUCUGGACUGGCUGAAGAACCAAGAGAACCGACAACGGCCAAUGGUGGUGCUAUCAAUGGGAUCCUCAAUCGGCAAUUUCAGCCGAGCUGAAGCGGCAGACUUUCUUGGGAGCUUCUCCAAAGUUCUUCAGCCUUCCGAUUUCCUACUGAUCGGGCUGGAUGCAUGCAAGGACCCAGAGAGAGUCCAUAAAGCUUAUAAUGAUUCACACGGCAUCACGCGACAGUUUUAUGAAAAUGGUCUUCAGCAUGCGAACACCGUUCUUGGCUUUGAUGCUUUUAAGCCCGAGGACUGGGAAGUAAUUACUGGUUAUGACUCCCAGGAUGGAUGUCACCAGGCGUUUUACUCCCCCAAGACUGAUGUGAUCAUUAACGAUAUUACAAUUCCGAAAGGCGAAAAGCUCAAAUUAGAAGAAGCAUACAAAUAUGGCCGUGAUGAGAGGGAUGAAUUAUAUCGUAAUGCUGGGUUGAUAUCACAGGUUGAAUUUGGGAACUCCGAUGACAGCUAUCAUGUUCUUCUUCUCUCACCUGCCACUCUUGACGUACCAACGAAGGCCUCACAAUAUGCGGCCCAGGCUGUUCCAACGCUACAAGAUUUUCAGUCGCUAUGGACGUCGUGGGAUAUUGUCACCAAGACUAUGGUCCCUAGGGAGGAUCUUCUCUCAAAACCAAUCAAACUCCGAAAUUCUUUGAUCUUUUACCUUGGCCAUAUUCCCACAUUUUUUGACAUUCAUUUAACUCGAGCACUCCGAGGGAAACCCACUCACCCCAAGUAUUACCAGCAGAUUUUCGAGAGAGGCAUUGAUCCUGACGUUGAGGACCCAGAUCAAUGUCAUGCACACAGUGAAGUACCUGACGAAUGGCCUCCGUUGGACGAAAUUUUAGACUACCAAGAGCGCGUUCGCAACCGAGCGCGAUCGAUUAUUCGAAACGGCUUGGCCUCAAAAGAUCGACUUAUCGGUGAGGCUCUUUGGAUCGGUUUCGAGCACGAGGCAAUGCAUCUUGAGACAUUCCUCUAUAUGCUUUUGCAGAGUGAGAAGACGCUCCCGCCGUCUGGCGUUGAUAUUCCAGAUUUCACACAAAUUGCCCAAGACGCAAAGGAUAACGCUAAGCCAAAUCAUUGGUUCCGCAUUCCUAUACAGGCUAUAUCGGUUGGCUUAAACGAUUCAGAUGAGACGUCUUUGCCUAAGGACUCUUUCGGUUGGGACAAUGAGAAGCCACAGAGGAAAAUCUUAGUUCAUUCAUUCGAGGCCCAAGCUCGUCCAGUAACGAAUGGGGAAUAUGCGAAAUAUUUGCAAGCAAAUCGAGUCUGUGCAAUUCCAGCAUCUUGGUUGCUUGUCGACUCUGAACAGAACAGCCCGACCACCAAGGAACUCAAUCGGUCGAGCGCAGGCGCUAGCGAGGAGUUUUUGAAAAACUUUGCUGUUCGAACGGUCUUUGGCUCUGUCCCUCUGGAUAGUGCACAGAGCUGGCCUUUGAUUGCAUCGUACGACGAGCUGGCAAAGUAUGCUAAAUGGGUGGAGUGUCGCAUCCCUACAUUUGAGGAAGUUAAGAGCAUCUACCAAUACGCCGAUCAGCUUAAAAAAGCUGGAUCUGACCAAACAACAAUUGGCCACAGCAACGGGACUAGCGAACCAAAUGCCAUACAGACGAGUCCUGUGUUUCGUGAUCUCGAUGGAUGCAAUAUGGGCUUCAAGCAGUGGCACCCCACUCCUGUGACACCUCAAGGCAACCAGCUUGCGGGACAAGGCGAGCUAGGCGGUGUUUGGGAGUGGACUAGCUCGCCCCUGCUGCCCCAUGCCGGAUUCAAGGCCAUGCAAAUUUAUCCAGGUUAUACCUCCGAUUUUUUCGAUGGCAAACACAAUAUCGUCCUUGGAGGAUCAUGGGCGACGCUACCGCGAAUUGCUGGGCGCUCUACAUUUAUGAAUUGGUAUCAACACAACUACCUCUACGCCUGGACUGGGGCGCGUCUGGUGAGAGAUCUUUCGGGACCUUAG